AUGUGGGGCACAACCGUGGACGAGGCCAAGCUGUCCAAGACAGAUAGCCGGCAGCUGAACCAGUGGCACAAUGAAGUCCAGCCAAACACAUCUGGAGGACCUGCGCUUCAUGGAAACGCUCCAGGUGAAUCUAGGUCAAGCUCCGACGAACCAGUAGAGGGGACAUGGGGAGAGCACGAUGUGAUGGUGCCUACCGAGGAGCGGGCGAUGCACGACUUUGAUCUUCUCAGGAGAGAACUCACCGGCUUGUCCAAGACACGAUCCAAGGCGAGCCAAGCGACGAGAGGCACCAAGAGACCGGGUUCCAGACCACGUCGACCUUCAACCGCAAGAGAUGAAGUCGAAUCACGAGCCGAGGAGCCCGAAAAAGCUGAGGACCCUGAAAAGGCCGAGAACGAGCUUGAAGAAGACUUUGAACUGGAGACCUUUAUGCGGGAAGGCCACUUCGAGAAGCGCAAGGAUGGAAGAUCCGCCAAAAAGGUCGGGGUCGUCUUCAAAAACCUCACCGUGAAGGGAGUGGGAGCUUCGGCCACUUUCGUCAAGACCCUGCCACAAGCCGUUCUCGGCACCUUUGGGCCCGACUUGUAUCGCCUCAUAUCCCGAUUCAUCCCCGCCCUACAGGUCAAGUCAGGGGAGACACGGACCCUGAUCAACAAUUUCACUGGAGUGGUGCGGGAUGGCGAGAUGAUGCUCGUGCUUGGAAGGCCAGGAUCUGGAUGCUCGACGUUCCUCAAAGCCGUUGCGAACAAUCGGGACUCGUACGCGUCCGUGACAGGAGAGGUGUCGUAUGGUGGCAUCCCAGCGGAAGUUCAGAAAUCGCAUUUCAGGGGAGAGGUCAAUUACAAUAUGGAGGAUGACGUUCAUUUCGCCAAUCUGAAUGUGUGGCAGACAUUCGUCUUUGCCUUGUACACGAAGACCAAGAAGAAGGCGAGAGACGAAAUACCAAUUAUUGCAGAGGCACUGAUGAAGAUCUUUGGUAUCAGCCACACGAAGCACACCCUUGUGGGAGAUGCAUUCGUCAGGGGUGUUUCCGGAGGAGAAAGGAAGCGUGUGUCGAUCGCGGAAACACUGGCAUCGAAAUCAACGGUGGUGUGCUGGGACAAUUCAACCCGCGGAUUGGAUGCAUCGACCGCGCUGGAUUAUGCAAAGUCCUUGAGAAUCAUGACGGAUAUAAGCAACCGCACGACGCUGGUGACACUGUACCAAGCCGGUGAAGGCAUCUUCGAGCUGAUGGACAAGGUCCUGGUCAUCGACGCAGGACGCUGCAUCUACCAAGGCCCAGCAAACGAGGCCCGGCAGUAUUUCACCGACCUUGGCUUCAAAGCCCCAGACCGUCAGACGACUGCUGACUUCUUGACCGCCAUCUCUGACCCGAAUGAACGCCAGUUCCGCGAGGGAUGCGAGGCCAGCACACCAAAGACACCGGAAGAGCUUGAGAAGGCCUUCAGGGAGUCGCGUUUCCACAAGAUGGUGGAAGAAGACAUAAAGUCAUACGAGGCCUAUCUUGAGGAGACUGACCACACCGAUGCACGCGAGUUUGAACAGGCGGUCAGAGAGGACAAAUCAAGGACCGUCAAGAAAGAGUCGAACUACACGGUCAGCUUUGUGCAACAAGUUAUUGCCUGCACAAAGCGCGAAUUCUGGCUCCUUCUUGGGGACACAACUACGCUCUACACGAAGCUGUCCACUAUCAUUAGCAAUGGGCUUAUUGUCGGCUCUCUAUUUUACGGACAGCCCCUCACCACAGAGGGUGCCUUCUCACGCGGCGGCUCCCUGUUCUUCUCAAUCUUGUUCUUGGGCUGGCUGCAACUCAGCGAGUUGAUGAAGGCUGUCAGCGGACGAGCGGUAGUCGCCCGCCACAAGGACUAUGCCUUCUACAGCCCUUCAGCUGUAAGCGUUGCCAGGAUUGUUGCCGACUUCCCAGUUGUCUUCAUACAGGUGGUCAUAUUUACACUUAUCAUGUACUUCAUGACUGGUCUGGAUGUCGUUGCUUCCAAGUACUGGAUCUACCUGCUGUUCGUCUACACAACAACUCUCUGUAUCACUUCCCUAUACCGAAUGUUUGCCAGUCUCUCUCCCAGCAUAGAUGACGCAGUUCGAUUUUCCGGCAUUGCACUCAACCUCCUUAUCAUCUAUACUGGCUACGUUAUCCCUCGUACUCAGCUACUGUCGGAUUACAUCUGGUUCGGCUGGCUCUACUGGGUCAACCCGAUCGCCUACAGUUUUGAAGCCGUCAUGGCCAAUGAAUUCUCCGACCGCACCAUGGAGUGUGGACCAACUCAACUCGUUCCUCAGGGCCCAGGGAUCGAUCCCGAGUUCCAGGGCUGCAGCAUCAGCGGCGCUCAGGUCAACUCCAAUUCUGUUAGCGGCGCAUCGUAUCUGCAAACGACGUACAACUACACCCGUGCCGACCUCUGGCGCAACUUUGGCGUCAUCAUUGCAUUUGCCGUCCUGUAUAUCCUUGUCACCAUCGUGGCCACAGAGAUAUUCUCUUUCACCUCUGGUGGCGGCGGUGCAUUGGUUUUCAAGAAGACCAAGACAGCACAGCGUGCUUUGCAGAAGCGGCAAGACGCCACGGCAACAGUCGAUGUGGAGAAGGGGCCAGCUUCAGGGCCCACGGAGGAGUCCCGCGGCAGCGGUAGCACCACUGUCACCGAAGAGGACGAGGCGCUCGCGUCUAUUUCCAAAAGCGAGAGCAUCUUCACAUGGCAGGACGUCGAGUACACGGUGCCAUAUCAAGGUGGUGAACGCAAGCUUUUGAACAAGGUCAGCGGCUACGCUAAACCAGGUCUUUUGAUUGCAUUGGUUGGAGCCUCAGGCGCCAGCAAGACCACACUGCUGAACACGCUUGCCCAGCGGCAGCGUAUGGGCGUCGUCUCUGGAGACAUGUUGGUUGACGGGAGUGCCUUGGGUCUCGAGUUCCAACGCGGCACGGGCUUCUGCGAGCAGAUGGACCUGCAUGAUGAGACUGCCACGAUCCGGGAAGCACUCGAGUUCUCCGCCGUACUGCGCCAGGACAGGAACAUUCCUCGCCAGGAAAAAAUCGCCUACGUGGACAAGAUCAUCGACAUGCUUGAACUUGGGGAGAUCCAAGAUGCCAUCGUCAGCAGUCUUGGCGUCGAGCAGAAGAAGCGACUUACCAUCGGCGUUGAGCUCGCCGCAAAGCCACAGCUGCUGCUCUUCCUUGACGAGCCAACCUCCGGCCUCGACAGCCAAAGCGCAUGGAGUAUUGUUCGCUUCUUGAAGAAACUGUCACAGGCCGGUCAAGCGAUCCUGUGCACCAUCCAUCAGCCAUCAUCCCAGCUCAUUCAGCAGUUUGACAUGAUUCUGGCCCUGAACCCAGGUGGAAACACGUUCUACUUCGGACCAGUAGGCGAGAACGGCAGUGCAGUCACCAAAUACUUUGCCGACCGCGGCGUCCAGUGCCCUCCCCACAAGAACGUGGCCGAGUUCAUCCUUGAGACUGCAGCCAAGAAACCGAAGAGGGCGGACGGCACGCGCAUCGACUGGAACGAGGAGUGGCGCACAAGCCGGGAGGCACAGAACGUGCUCUCUGAGAUUAACAGCCUCAAGCUUACCAGGAGCAAGUCGGCCGGUGCACACAAGAAGAAGGACGACGAGACCGAAUUCGCCGCGCCGGUCUGGACGCAGACAACUAUGCUUACCAAACGCCUGUUCACGCAGUACUGGCGAGACCCAUCGUAUCUGUACGGGAAGCUCUUCGUGGCGGUCAUCGUUGGGAUUUUCAACGGCUUCACCUUCUACCAGCUGGGGAACACCGUCCAGGACAUGCAGAACCGUAUGUUCUCGGUCUUCCUGAUCAUCACCAUUCCUCCGACGGUGGUGAAUACCGUCGUCCCGAAGUUCUUUCAGAAUAUGGCGCUCUGGCAGGCCCGCGAGCACCCGUCCCGCAUCUAUGGAUGGUUCGCCUUCACCACCGCCCAGGUCGUCGCCGAAGUCCCUAUCGCUAUAGUCUGCUCCGUAUUGUACUUCCUCCUGUGGUACUUCCCGGCCGGGCUGCCCACAGACUCCUCGACGGCUGGCUACAGUUUCCUCAUGACGAUGCUUUUCUGGCUGUUCAUGAGCAGCUGGGGACAGUGGAUCUGCGCUUUCGCCCCGAGCUUCACUGUCAUCGCGAACGUGCUUCCGUUCUUUUUCGUCAUGGUCUCGCUUUUCAAUGGUGUUGUGCGUCCAUAUUCGAUGCUUCCCGUCUUCUGGCGGUAUUGGAUGUACUACAUCAACCCUUCGACAUGGUGGAUCGGUGGCGUGCUGUCAGCUACGCUCCACGAUAUCCCUAUCGAGUGCGCUCCGUCCGAGACGGCGCGCUUUGAUGUCCCCGACGGGCAGACGUGUGAAUCGUAUGCUGGAUCUUUCGCACGUGCGGCGGGUGGGUAUCUUCUGAACUCGAACGCCAGCGCCAACUGCCAGUAUUGUUCAUUGAGCACCGGCGACCAGUACCUGACCCAGCUCAACGUCGAGGCAGGGGACAAGUGGAGGGACUUUGGAAUUUUCUUGGCCUUUGUGGUAAGCAACUGGGCAUUGGUCUAUUUCUUCAUCUAUACUGUGAGGAUCCGCGGUUGGAGCUUUGGGUUCGGGUCGUUGUUUGGCGUCCUUGGCAAGGGUGUUGACCGUGUCAAGAGUUUGUUCCGGCGCAAGUCACAGGACUAGAUGUCAAGGGUUGGGAAAGGAUAGACUGAAAACUUAGACACGGAGAAAC